AUGAAAGCCACACGAUUCAUCCUCCUGUCAUCCGCCCUCCUAUGCGCGUAUGCACAGACGCCUACGACCACAUUCACCGACGAGACAUCGCCCUCAAGCUCAUUACCGUCGAGCACCGCCACCGAGAGCGACACCCUCUCCCCACCGCCCACCUCGUUGAGCUCAAGCCUCCCAGCGUCGGACUCCAGCAGCAGCCUCCCCGCCUCGGACGACGCCAGCAGUGGGAUCUUCUCGACGGUGAUUACCAGCGUCGUUUCUACCGUCAUCUCCUCAAGGACUGUCACCACGACACUGGUUUCGACUGUGAUCAGCCGCUACCCGACGCACACGACGACGAUCGUGUCGAGUGUGCCUUCUAGGCCAGCUUUACCGGAAGACGACUCUUCUGGUGUAGGGCUUGAGGUCAAGAGGGGUAUGGUGGCUGCGGCUGCCGUUGCUGUCGCUGCUUGGCUCUGUGUCUGA